AUGACCGAAACCGUCCGCCCAGCAUUCGCAGACCGUGAGCGCCCUCUCCUCAGCUACGGCAUCCCCUUCCCCACCGCAGCCGCCGACCACGUCGCCGAGACAUUCGGUGCCUCGCGUGUCUACGUGAUCUGCUCUGGAUCUCUGGCACGGAAUACAGAUGCCUUGGACCGAUUGACUGCAGCGCUGGGCGCUGAGAAGGUCGUGGGGUGUCGCAUUGGAAUGCAGAGUCAUACGCUGUGGUCAGAGGUAUUGGAGAUUGUGGAGGAGGCAAGGAGUGUACGGGCGGAUUUACUGUUGACGCUGGGGGCUGGCAGUUUGACGGAUGGCGCGAAGAUUAUUGCUUUCGCCCUCGCCAACCAAGUCCAAACCAUCUCCGACCUCGAAUCCCUCGCCGAAGGCCCCAACAAACGCUCUCAAAUCCAUCCACCCACGAUCCCAAUAAUCUCCGUCCCAACCUCCCUCUCCGCAGGCGAAUACUCCAAUUUCGCCGGCGGCACCGAGGACAACUCCCGCCGUAAAUACAGCUUCCAAGCACCCCUCCGCGGACCGGAGCUCAUCAUCCUCGACCCUGAACUUGUCGAAACCACGCCGGACUCGAUCUGGUUGAGUACGGGGAUUCGGGCGGUGGAUCACUGCGUGGAGACGCUUUGUGCGGUUGUGGGUGUGACGCCGGCGUCGGAUGAGCUUGCGGAGCAUGCGUUGGGUUUGUUGGUGCCUGGGUUGUUGCGGUGUAAGAGGGAUCGGGGGAAUCGGGAGGCUCAUUUGCAGUGUCAAUUGGGAUCGGUGGAUGCGAUGGCUGCUUGUACAAGUGGUUCGGUGGAGUUGGGGGCUAGUCAUGGGAUUGGACAUCAGCUCGGCCCCUUGGGCGUUGGACACGGCGAGACAAGUUGCAUCUUACUCCCAGCGGUGUGCAAGUUCAAUGCUAAGCACAACGCGAAUCGCGAGCGGCAAGCGCGAGUGCGUGAAUUCCUCAUCCGUGAUCCCGUCGUCGCGGAGGUUCUACGCUCUCGUUCUACCAAGGUGGAGGACUCGGAUUUGGGCGAUAUCCUGGAUGUGGUGAUUCGCGAAUUGGGCAUGCCGCGGUCUCUGGCAGAUGUGAGGGUGGGCCGGGAUAAGUUGGAUGCCCUGGCCAAGCACAGUUUGCAUGACCGGUGGUGUCAGACGAAUCCGGUGCCGCUGAAGGAGAAAGAGCAAGUCUUGGAGAUUCUAGAAAUGGUAGUCUGA